AUGGUGGGGGAGAAGCGGGCCAAGAUGGCGCCGCGCGAGAAGUUGGAACGAUUAUUAGCGGGUAAGCGGCGAAGUGUUACGGUGAAGGUUGCGAAUGAAAAUGCGAGUCUGCCGAGUUCUACACUGAGUGGUGCUAGCCAGUUUAAGGAAUUGGAGUUGGAAGGGGCCUCGCCGAGGUUGCACGGUGCCAUUUUGCGUGCAUUGCAGAUGAAGGGGUUUACACACGCUUCGCCAAUCCAGCAGGUGGUCGUACCUCUAUUUUGUGGGAAUCGAGAUGUAGCAGUGGAGGCAUGCACAGGCUCAGGUAAGACUUUAUCUUACCUCCUGCCCUGUUUACAAAGAAUUGGGGUUCAAUGGAGCGAACAUCCCAGCCAGAUCCCUGCUGCCUUUCGCGGCCUCUGUAUCUCCGCCGUCGUCAUGGCCCCCACACGAGAGCUCGUCCAACAAAUCAGCUUUGUUCUGGACGAGCUACUGCAACUCGUUUCCCAAUAUGAUCCUACCGUACAUAGCGCAAAGCCGCAAAGCCAUGAAGCUACUGACGAAACGGUUGAACGCGAAAUUGCCACAAGUUUAAUAUAUAAGUCAAUAACUUGUCUUGAACUGUUUGGUGGACGAAAGACAGCCGCGGACCGCACUAUUGUCCUCGAGAGGGCUAAGAGCAUCUACACGACGCUUCAACAGGAGAUCGCCCGAGCUAUUGCCGAGCAAACUUCAGCCGACCAAACUUCUUCAGCCGACCAAACUUCUUCAGCCGACCAAACUUCUUCAGCCGAGCAAACUUGUGCCGACCAAAGUUUUGUUGAGGGGGUCUCAAAACUGAGGACCCAAGUCGCCUGUCAUCUCCGGCCUAUUGCCAUACUUGUCGCAACGCCCGGUCGUUUAAGGACGCAGUUGCUCGAGGGUCCAGACUCGACCCUGAGAAAGGAAAGGGAUUGGACGUUUAAGACAGUGGAAACGGUUAUUUUAGAUGAGGCUGACCAGUUGUACUCGGAUAUGAAGUUUGAGGAGCAGAUGAGGGUGUGUCUAAGUUUCAUGCCUCGGCAGCGACGAACGGGUGUGUUCAGCGCGACUCUUACAUCGGAACAAAAGAUCUUCAGCUCGUGUGGCCUAAGGGAGCCGGCCAUGAUCCGUCUCGCGAUCGACCGAGUUGCGGCGUUGCCAGACAUGUCCGCUGAAGCAGAUAUGUCCGUUCCGGACACUACCUUGGAUGGAUUGCCUGACAUGUCGACCAAACCCGUUACAGGAGACAGUAGUGACGACUGUUCUGACACGGGGCUUAUAACCAUGACAGGCCAAGCCGGGGCGAAUGACACCAUGGCGGUUUCGGAUUCGGAUGACGACUGUAAAAUUACUCAACAUGUGAUUCCCCUUGGGCUUAAAAACUACUUGAUUUACGCCGAACAGGAUGAGAGAAUCCCCUUAACACUAAGAGUGUUGCAGACAAUGGAAUAUAUGAAGGUUCUCAUCUUUGUGCCCACUUGUUCAGUAGCUGACUUUACCUACUUAUUACUCUCUCAGCUACUUACCGAUAAGACUGGCAGGGGCAAUGAGCCGCCGGGCACGAGUCAUGGUAAGAGUCAUGGCGAAGGAGCUACGACUGUAGCAUACGGUUCCAACGGUAACAAAUACAUUGUCUCGAAAUUGCACGGUAAGAUGGAUCGGUCUCAACGGAACAAGGCUUUAGCCACCUUCGCCGCUCCAGUCGUCAAAACGGAGGAGAACGGUCCCAAAUCGUUACAGGUAAUGGUUGCUAGUGACCUUGCCGCUAGGGGAAUAGACUUUGCCAACAUUGAUUUAAUUAUCCAAAUGGAUCCCCCUAACGACCAGAGCCAGACCUUCCAUCGCAUUGGUCGCACUGCCCGCGCCGGUGGCAGUGGUCAGACCCUUUUGUUCCUCACACCAGAGGAAAGUUCGUUUGUUGAAUUUAUUAAGAGGAAAGGUUUAGACUUAAUAGAGAUAACGAGAAGCGUUGAACUCGACGAAGCUUUCUCUUUGCAUGGAGACCGGCCACCAAGCGGUGAACAAUCAGAUGGUAAUUGGAAAGCGUGUAGUAAAAGUGAUAAAUUAAAUUGUCAUUCACAAAUUCGCGAUAUUCUAUGUUCUGAUAAGCUUUGGAUAGAAAAGUCAAAAGACGCCUUUGUCAGCCACAUCAGGUCCUAUAAGGAGCAUCAGCUGGCGUUUGUAUUUGAGUUCAAGAAACUUGACUUAGGUCGUCUAGCUAAUCGCUACGGUCUAUUUACCGUGCCCAGGGUUAAAGAGAUUCUGGGGAAGAAGCUCGAAUCGUUCAUUCCAGCACCUUCGGACUUCUUAUCGGUCGUAUAUCCCUCCAUUGGUUUUACAACUGCUAAGAAUAAGGAACUCUAUGAGGCGAAAAUGGUCAAACGACAAGCUAACAAUCAAGCUCUCGUCGAGAAAAACAAAGCCAAGAAAGCUAAACAGGAAGAAAUCAAUCUUAGCAAACGAUCUAAAAGUGCCAGAAUAAAGCGGAAACGUAACAUAGAUAACAAUGAUUUAGAACGUAUAUACGAAGAAGACUCCGCGGCAAGAAGUAAAAAGCGACGGCUCAAGCUCCUGAGGUCCGCCGGAAUCAAGAUCAAAGAAUACGACCUUGACGACUGA